CGAACGCUUUGCGCAGUCAAUGUGAUUGGUUCGUUUCAGUACAUCUAUGAAUUAUGCACCUCACGUUGCGUAAUUUUCCAGAGAAGAGGAGACAGAUGGCGCAUAGCAUACAACUUACUGACAAGUUACUGGGAAGCAAACAGCGAAAAAGAGCUACGCGGCCAAAUGUAGGAUGGUAGGCGAAACAGCUCUUGUCAAUGUCAAAUGAUGAGGAAAUCCGCAAAGUGUUGACAGCGCCAUGGAUGAACAUGUGAUUGACGAUUUAUGUUGCGGUCAAUGGACUUUCUGCACCUGUUUGCAUCAGGAAAAAGACUAUCUCCGCUGGGGAAGCCUUGCUGGUUCCGGCCGAGCAGUUUCAGCACCAGCGCCGACGACGGCAUCAUCACAGCUGACGUACUCAUAAAGCGGAGCAAAGCGAAGAUCGCACGCGAUGUCCUCGGCGGUAUUAGAGAAAUUGCUCAGAGGUCGCCUCUUUCAUGCCAGGCAGUACCUCAUGGGGCAUAAAUCUACCAUCGCAAUGGCACCCACUGAAAACUGUGAUAUUGUUAUGACAUUCCCAGACACCACAGAUGACCAUACGCUGUUAUGGUUACUGAACCAAAUCCGGUUGGGAAUUCCACAAAUCAGAAUCCAGAUCCGACAGCAUAAAUACACGCACACCUAUGCAUUCUUCAUUGCCUCAACCUUUGAGAACUUGUUGCGUGGAGCCGAACAGAUGGGGAUGCAAAAGGAAGUGAAGCCACGCUAUGGAGGCGGCACUCGCAGGUUUUCGUGUGAGGAGGAUGACAUUUAUGAAAACAUCGAGAGUGAGCUGUGUUUCUUCACAUCACAGGAGCGUCAGAUUAUUAUCAAAUAUUGGUUGGAUAAUCUGCGGGCCAAACAAGGCGAUGGCCUUCAUAAUAUUCACUUCCUGGCGGGUCAACCAAUCAUACCAGAGCUUAUAGCCAGGGGCGUGAUUCUUCAAAUGUUUCCCCUUCAUGAGCAGAGAAUCCUGAACCAGUUGAUGACGUCUUGGGUUCAGGCAGUCUGUGAGAGGCAACCUCUAGAUGAUGUGUGUGAUUAUUUUGGUGUGAAGAUUGCCAUGUACUUUGCAUGGUUGGGCUUUUACACCAACUCUAUGCUGUAUCCAGCAGUGAUUGGCUUUCUGCUCUGGAUCUUUGCUGAGUCUGAUCAGACAAGUCAGGAUAUCUGUUGUGUGGUAUUCGCCCUUUUCAAUGUGGUGUGGGCAACACUGUUCCUGGAGAGAUGGAAGCGAAGGGAAGCAGAACUGGCAUACAAGUGGGGAACGCUGGACACCCCCACAGAGUCACUCGAGGAACCCCGUCCACAGUUUCGGGGAAUUAAACGUUGCAGUCCAGUGACAGGCUGUGAGGAGUUUUUCUACCCACCCUGGAAGAGGAGAAUGUUCCGCUGGCUGGUCAGCUUUCCCACCUGUAUCCUCUGUCUCUGCUUCGUCUGCUUGGCCAUGUUUAUGUGCCUGGAACUUCAAGAAUUUGUCAUGGAAACAAAAGAGUUGCCAAGCAUAUGUAGAUUUAUUCCAAAAAUUCUACUGGCUAUAACUGUUACUGUAUGUGAUGAAGUGUACAAGAAAAUAGCUCUCUGGCUCAAUGAUAUGGAAAAUUACAGACUUCAAAGCACUUAUGACAAUAAUCUCAUCCUCAAAACUGUUUUUUUUCAGUUCAUAAAUUCUUACCUCAGCCUUUUCUACAUCGGAUUUUAUCUCAAAGACAUGGAGCGGUUAAAGGAGAUGCUGGCUACGUUAUUGAUCAUCCGCCAAUUUCUACAAAAUAUCAAAGAAGUGUUACAGCCUUAUCUCUAUGAGCACCAUAAAUUAGGUGCUCUGAGGACGUUAUGGGACUUAAUUCAAACCAUGCUCCUGAACUAUAGUCAUUUGAUAGUGCAAAGAAUACGACUGAUUUGCCAAGCCAGUCUGGACAUGAAAAAAAGUGGCAUACCUCCUGAGCAAUCAGAGAAGAGAGAGAGGAGGAGUUUAAUUGGCAGCUACAGAGUUCCCAAAACAGAGGAAGGAGAUGAUGAUGCUGGUCUGAAGCAAAGAAAGGUCAGCUUCACCGAGAAGGUGGAAUACAAAGAGAAGGUUGUAGAAGAGCCGACAGAGGCUAGCUUACAGGACGAUGGCAGUCCUACCCUUGUGGAGGAAGGAAUGGAUCCAUCCUUAGUAUUUGAUAUACGUGAUGAUGACGAUGAUGAUGAUGACAGAGAAAUUGAUGAUUCUGUGAGUAAAGCCUUAGGACCCCAGAGAAGAAAGACAAAAUCUGCUCCGGACAACAACAGCAUGGAAAAGAAAAUGUCCUGGAUGGACCCUCCAGAGGAGACUGAAUCUACUGUUUUGACCCAACCGGAAGUUGAAAGUUGCAUGCUAAUUUAUGAGGAUACUCUCCAAGAUUACCAGGAGAUGUUCAUACAGUUUGGCUAUGUCGUGCUUUUCUCUUCUGCAUUUCCUCUGGCAGCCAUGUGUGCCCUCAUAAACAACAUUGUUGAGAUCCGAAGUGAUGCCUUAAAACUUUGCACAGGCCUCCAGAGACCAUUUGGGCAAAGGGUUGAAAACAUUGGACAAUGGCAGACUGCAAUGGAGGCAAUGGGUCUGAUUGCUAUAAUUGUGAACUGUUAUCUUAUUGGUCAAUGUGGACAGCUGCAACGACUCUUCCCCUGGAUGAGCCCUGAGGCGGCCAUCGUCUCUGUUGUAGUAUUAGAGCACUUUGCCAUUUUGCUGAAAUAUGUUAUUCAUGUUGCAAUUCCUGAUAUUCCAAAUUGGGUGGCAGAUGAAAUGGCCAAACUUGAAUACCAGCGGAGAGAAGCUCUCAAGAAACAUGAACGCCUCGCUCAGCAACACCAACAGCAACAACGGAGGAAGUCUGAAGAAGAAGAAGAACAUCAAAAACUGGCAGAGGAACUGGCACGGCAAGACAGUGAGCAAGACAAGUCUGAUCUCAGAGGGGGUGAGGACCAUCCCCAUGAAAAAAGCUCAGGGGCCAAGUUCAGCUCCGGAGGAGAUAAACUCAAGAGACCCAGCUCCCUUUUAGGCAACAAUAACGUAAUGAAACUCAAACAGAUAAUCCCACUCCAGGGUAAAUUCACCUCUACCACUUCUCCCACAAGUGGUGAGGCCAAACUUCCAGGUUUUCUGAAGUUCCUCAAGUCUCAAGAGAUAAAAAAGGAGGCCGCUGCAACAGUUGCGCCAGGGGCUACACAUGGGAGCCACGAGAAAUUACAGUCUCCCAGCAAGUCCUUCAACCCAGGCAAACUCUUUAACUUUGGAAAAGAAAAUCCAUGUUCUGGUGCUGGUUCUGAACAGCAAGCGAAACUAGAAGAUGCCUCAAGGGCCACUAAUGCACAACACACAAAUGACCAAAAUCAAUCCUCAUCAAAAGAGCUUUCAUCCGAGGUUGAAAAGAGUGAGAGCUCAGACUUUGAAGGCGGCAUGCUAAAACCUGCAUGGCAAAAUCUGUUUAGGCAUGGGCAAGCAAGAAAGGACGUUUGAAUGAGCACUGUAUUCAUACAUUUUUUAAAAAGAGUUUCUAAUUUUCUACACAUUAUUAUUUUUCUUAUAUGAAACAGUAAAUAUGACAAUCUAAAAAUAUUGUAUUAUCCUUGCUUAUUUAGAUCUUAUGAGUGUGAACCCCUAAUGCAAUAAAAUGGAAUUACUGUGAAAAUACAUUUAAGCAGUUUAUCAGACACAAUAUACACCGUUACUUCAGAGCCCUGUUUUUUUUUAAACAUUUGUACUAUCAUCGUAAUAAAAAGUAAAUGCACAUCAAAUGCUUAAAUAAAAUAUGAUACCAAA